UUAACGAUGGAAUGUCGAUAUUUACCAGAGACAUGAUACAAGAUUUGUCUUGUUUGGAAUUAUUAAACACGGUAAUAGAAAAUCUGGAAGAUGAUUGUAUUGAAUAUAUAUUGCAAGCUAAACAAGUUUUUCAAGAAUUACGCAAUUUGACUCUCUCACAUGGAUGUUGUCCACAGGUUAUACAAUGGAAAACCAUUAUUUUUUACUCCUGUGAAAGAGUUUUAGGAAACCGUGGAAUUGUUCUUUGCGAAGGACAAAAAACCGAAUUAGAAAAUGUUCAUACUGAGAUUGGAAAUGAAGGAGAUGAAACGCAAAAUUUGUUCCAAAAUAUUUUUCAAGAAAACGUAGUGGUCUCGAAACAGUUGAGUAUGGAAAAGGUCUAUCAAAAUUGACACAAUGCAGUUCAUGUAACAAUACACUUGAUUUAAAAGAAAAAAUGUUAUUGG